AUGAAGCUCCUACAAUCGAUCAGUGUCGCGGCGCUCGCGCUGUCUUCUGCUGUACAUGCGGCCAGUUCAUGGACCUUUGAUGAGGCGACGUUGCAAGUCACGGGGAAGGGUGCUGAAGCCGCAAAGCAGAAAAUUACUGCAGGCUCGCCAGUAUCGUCCUCUUCACCGAUUGUCCUCCCAGCUUCCUCCACAUUGAAGGUCAUUCUCACCGCACAAGAGGGAAAGACAGGCAAGAAGCCUCACCAGGCAUUCUUGACACUGCAAGAGGUAGACAGUGGGUUAGAGGAAUCAUUCGCAUUCAGCGUAAAGGAUAAUGGCAAGGCCAAAGUCGACGUGUCUUCGAAAGACCUCCCCUUCCAAUUCCUCACGAGCUCCAAACCCCUCAAAGCCUCCAUAACCCUCGCCUCCUUCGGCUCCUCGAUUCCCUACGCCGGCCACGCCUUCAACCUGAAGAUCGACAACGACGCCAGCACCCCUCCCGCCGUGCCCUCCGCGCCCGAACGCUACACCUCCAAGCCCGAGAUCCAUCACAUCUUUCGCGCAGACCCCAAGUCUCCGCCAACAAUCAUCAGUCUGGUGUUCACACUGGCUGUCAUCGUGACGCUGCCGGCAUUGAUUGGAGGGUGGUUGCUGCUUGGUGGAAACUUUGAUCACUUGGGUAAAGCAUUCGGCGCGAGUCCCGUGGCUCAUGGACUCUUCCUCGGCAGCAUUGUAGCCAUGGAGGGCGUCUUCUUCCUCUACUACUCGAGCUGGAACCUCUUCCAGACUCUGCCAGCUGCAGCAGUCGUGGGCACAGUGGCAUACGUCAGCGGCAGCCGAGCUUUGACUGAGGUUCAGGACAGGCGUCUUGCUGGAGAAAGAUAG